ACUUUUCCUGCUCCCUCGUCCAAUCAGAUCAGUGACAAAGUGGAGGUCUGCAGCUACGUCUGCAUACAAAACUGUCUGUUGAAGAAGUUGUAACGUGGAAAGACUCCAAACACUUUUUACGCGAGUUUCUUUCUUUCAGCAGGAGCGAGUUUUGUUGACCUCUCCGCCGCGGUGGGCGGGUGACCGGAGCGACACGGUAUGGAUAAACGAACUAACCCCAGCUCGUAGCUCCGCGUCGUUCCGAGCGUCUCGGAGCCCGAGUGGACGUUUGAAUGACACACCGGGGAUGCUCCGGGGAACAUUUCUUAACAUGCCACGCAAGCAGCUCACUUCGUUAAGGACCAGAAAAGUUUGUCUGUAAGUUCAGAAGCGAGUCGGACACGUUGUGUGUGGUUUUAAUAAAAAAAAAACAAAGAAUGAUGAAGAUUAGGAGGUACCUGAGGGGGAGCGGGAGGGUCCUGGCGUUCGUGUUCGUGGCUUCUGUGAUCUGGCUGCUGUUUGACAUGGCAGCUCUGCGCUUAUCGAUCAACGACGCCAACAGCCAGCUGCUGAAGGAGAGGCUGCUGAAGGAGAGGGAUCUGGUCCGGCAGCAGUCCAGGGUCACCCAGCUGGUGAGGAGGGGCUUCAAACACCCGGUCCAGAGGCAGGAGCAGCUGAUCAAUACUGAUCAGAGAAACCAGAGGCAGGGUCAGCUGAUCAAUACUGAUCAGAGAAACCAGAGGCAGGGUUCCCUGAUCAAUGCCGAUCAGGGAACAGGAGAUCAUGUUCUCAGAAAUCAUAGUGAUGGAGCUGCCCUUUCUAAGUCUAAGGGCAUCACAUCUCAGCAGCAUGCACCUGCAAAGAAAAAAGCAGUAAACUUGUAUGUAAAUAUAACUAAAGCAACACAAGUGCCACAAGAUCAUACCAUAAAAGCAUCCUUAAAGAAGGAACUCAUUAAAACCAUGCCGAUUAAACUAAAUUCUCUGAACAACACAGAGUCGAAGGCAAAAGAAGAAAUAAAGGAUGGUAAAAAAGUGAGUCAGCUGCAGGCCGUGGACGCACGCCCUGUUAAAACAAUUACUCAGGGUAUAAACAAAGGAGAGAAGAUCAAAACAGAGGUGAAACCAGCAAAGACGAAUCCCCCGAGUAUUCUGAUUGUGCAGAAGGAGUCCUUGAAAUCUAAAAUCAAAGCAGGAGACGACUCUCUGGAUAACUUCACCGCCGUCAGAAAAUCAGGCGUCCACAAGGUGCUCUCUAUGGAUGCGACUGUCUCUCCCAGGAACGCCAACGCGGUGGGUCAGUUCGGUCAGCCGGGGAUCCUUGCCAGCAGCGAAGAUGCAGAGGUGAGAAGGAGAUGGGACGAAGGCCAUUUUAAUGUCUACCUCAGCGACCAGAUCCCAGUGGAUCGAGCCGUCCCCGACACCAGGCCGGAAACGUGUGCACAGAGCCUGGUCCACGACAACCUGCCGUCCACCAGUGUGAUUUUCUGCUUCGUGGAUGAGGUUUGGUCCACGCUCCUCCGAUCUGUGCACAGCGUGCUGAAUAGAUCUCCACCACAUCUCCUCAAAGAAAUCAUCCUGGUGGAUGACUUCAGCACCAAAGACUAUCUUAAGGAGCAGCUGGAUCGGUACAUGGCCCAGUUUCCCAAAGUACGAAUCGUCCGUCUGAAGGAGCGUCAGGGCCUGAUCCGGGCCAGGCUAGCUGGAGCUGCUGUUGCCAAAGGUGAGGUCCUUACCUUCCUCGACUCCCAUGUGGAGUGUAAUGUGGGCUGGCUGGAGCCGCUCCUGGAGAGGGUCUAUAUGGAUCGCAAGAAGGUGCCCUGUCCGGUCAUCGAAGUCAUCAGUGAUAAAGAUAUGAGUUAUAUGCUCGUUGACAAUUUCCAAAGAGGCGUUUUCAAAUGGCCUUUGGUGUUUGGCUGGAGUGCGUUACCAGACGAGUACAUUAAGAAGAACAACAUGACCAUUUCAGAUCCAAUCAGAUGUCCCGUUAUGGCUGGGGGCCUUUUUUCUAUUGACAAAAAGUACUUCUUCGAGCUCGGCGCCUAUGAUCCUGGUCUGGACGUGUGGGGAGGAGAGAACAUGGAGAUUUCAUUCAAGAUCUGGAUGUGCGGAGGGGAAAUCGAGAUCAUCCCCUGCUCCCGGGUGGGACACAUUUUCCGAGGACAGAAUCCAUACAAGUUCCCGAAGGACAGGCAGAAGACGGUGGAGCGUAACCUGGCGAGGGUGGCUGAAGUCUGGCUGGAUGAGUACAAGGACCUUUUCUAUGGCCACGGGUACCACCACCUGCUGGAUAAAAAGGUCAUUAACAUUGGCAACCUCACGGAGCAGAUGGAGCUGAGGAAGAGACUCAAAUGCAAGAGCUUCAAGUGGUACCUGGACAACGUGUAUCCCGACAUGGAGGCUCCUUUAGUCAAAGCCGAGGGCCUGGUCUUCAGUCGUGGCUUAAGAAAAUGCCUCGCCCUCCAGAAAGGCUCCUUGUCCUUCGAGGUCUGUGAUCUCAGCAAGCAGAGUCAGCACUUUAAUUACACCUGGAUGAGGCACAUUCGGCAGCAGGAGCUCUGCGUCGCUCCCCAGAACAAGGGCUUCACUCUGCUGCCGUGUGACAACUCCAAACCUGAACUCCGCUGGCUCUACAAAUCCUCCAAAACCACUCUUGCGGAGCACCUCGUAGCAGAGUUCAUUUCCCACCACAUGUGCCUCGAGGCCGAACCUCAGGGCGAAUCUCUGCGCCUCAGACCUUGUGAACCCGGCAACACCUUCCAGAAGUGGGAGUUCACGCAGUACCACGCUCAGUGAUGAGACUGAAGAGGCCUGGGAAGAGAUGCACUACGGAAACUCUGAGAGGCCUCGCAGCGGACCGCGGCCCGUCCUCCAGCCUUAAAACGUGACUGACAGGGAGGACACGGAGGCGCUUUGGUGGCAGUGAUAUACGUGAUAUUAAUCAAACGGUGUGGUAUCGCCUGGAAACUGAAUAUUUCAAUGUCUGAUGUCGUUUUUUUUUCAAAGAACUUUGAUUCAGAUGGAUUUCAGAGAACAAGCACUCCCAGUUUCCCGGUGCCACAUAAGCUUUCCUCUACUGCAACCAAAUAAUACUUGUUUUUGUUGGGGGGUUUUUUGCAUAAAAGAUAUUUGUUUCAGGGCGUCACACUUUCUGCUGCUUCUUUGGGUUUAAAUGCUGCAUUUUUUUUGAUAGCGUGUGGUUCUGAUGUAAAAACAAUCAUUGACACUAGAGGGAAGUGUUGCCUCAAAACAUAUCAAAUCUGUCCUGGGAUUCCAUGAUUUUAUUACCUGUGAUCAAACUUUUUAAAGACAAAAUGAUGAAAAAGCAUCUUUUGAGAUGGUCGGAAAAAUAAAUUUGAUAAAAA